UUUCGAGGCAUAAAUUUAUUCUACUGUCGAGAUUUUGUAAGAAGCCCAAAAAUAUAUUGAGCUUUUCUUGACUUCACUAUUAAAUAGUGGUUAAAAGGGCAUUUUAAUAUCUUUGAAAGAAAUCCAGAGCGAGAAUUUUACAUAGAAAUUUAAAUGGGUUACAUCGGAAAGCCCAUAUAAGACUUAAUAUUUCUUUUUUUUAACAUUGGGAUGAGCUAAUACAAUAUGGCGUUUAGCGCUCGCUCUCAGCGUGUCUGUACAGGGUGUAAACUUGUUUCAGAAAAUAGUCUACAUGUAGAUGAAAGAGCUAUUUAUAUUUUGAAAUUAUUUUAAUACGAAAGUAAGAAAAAUUUAUCGCUGCAUGAAAUAGCGACAAGACAGAGAUGUAUUUUAUGUUUAAAAGAAAGAAAAUUCCCAAGAGAAAUAUUUGUAUCAUUAAAAUGUGAUAAGGGUGUGAAUUGUGGUUUAAUUGGAAUUGAAGUCAUAAUGCCUUUGCUUACAGUCUACUAAAUGUCCUCCCUUGAAAGGUUUGUGUCAAAUUUUCCACAUGUUUCUUGCAUAUAGCCCUGGCAGAUCAAAUUUUGUAUUUAAAAUGUAUUUGUUUUAAUGUAAGUCUUACAUCUUGUCAUAUAUUUUAUUUAAUGUGACAAAAUACUUCUGAGCACGUAGGACAUAUAGUACAGUGGACAUGUUCUUUACAGUUGACAUGUAAUUAGGAUCAGCUGAACUUUGCAGAAGCCCACCUUGAAAGGAUAAGCCUGGUUUUCACUAACCCAUAAACAUCAGCCUUCAUACACAGACACAGUAGGAAGCUGAUAAUUAGUGCCUUUUGUCAGGAGAACUUCUUAACAAAAGGUGUUACUAAACAGAACCUUUCUGCUUCUUCUUAUGUUGCUUCUGUUUUGCAUUAGUGAAAACCAGCCAAUAUGGAGCUUUUUUGCCAUAUCUCUUGCCUUAGUCAACCAUUGCAUUUAGGGGUGGCAAAUGGUAAAUGCUAGAAGGCGAGACUACAUGUAGUGUUUUUCUUUGUGAGCCUAAGACACUGAUGCUUUAGGUUGUGAGGCUUCCAAGUGUUUUAAAUACGAGAGCAUGAUUUUAGAUGUCAUUUAUAAAAAUAAAAAAUUGUGACUUUGAGACUUUGCUUAGCCUUUUGAAAAAAUAAAUACUCUGAAACAGAUUUGCAAAAAAAUGGAGACUGAGAGACACACAUAACUACUGAAAACAGGAGAUUGCAAGACUUAUGAAAUUCAAAGAAAAUUUUGUAAGACCUGUAGUUUUUCAAGCAACAUGGAACGUUUACCACCCCUAAUAAUUACAGUUUAACAAUGGUACGGAAAGUUAAGUUGAUACAUCUGAACUUGUUAUUCAUAUGAAUGUACGUGAUUUUCAAUUUUUGCAUGUGACAUCAUCUUUUUCCACAAAGAGACUAGCUAUUUUUGAAGAAACUGGAAUUAUAAGAAACAAACAAAGUCAAGUUUUGGGGAUUGAUCGAAACUGUACAAUGUUAAUGUUCAAUAUUCCAGUGUCAAUAGACAGUUUGGUUGAAAUAACUUGCAUGUUUCAAUUCAAAUUUGCUUCUGCAAGAUGCCAAGAUCCUUUUACGGUUGGACAAGUUCCUGUUUUCAUUUUUCAUCAAUCGACAUAUAAAAUGACAUACAGCUGCAAUACUACUUCAGUGUAAAAGACUUAGAAAGUAAUUUUAAUGGUUGACUGUUUAUGAGGAUACCACAAGAUCAACAGAUUAAGUUCAUGUCAACUGGAAACUGCACUUCAAAAUUAACAAUUUGACAACUUGUGGGGAUAGGUUAAAUUUUUUUAAGAGCAAUUCUCAGUUUGGCGAUUAUAACUUCAUUUUUCACAUAUUUGUCAAUGGGUUAAAAAAAGUUAUACCCCUCAAGGCUUUUGCGGUUUUCUUGGCCUUUCAGUUGUCUUUGUUUAUCCAGAAAUGUUUGCAUCACAAUGUCAUCAAGAGUGGUCAUUUUAGACUCAAAGUGUAUUUUGUUCUGUACUCAAAGUGUGUAUGGAGUGACAUUUUCUUUCCUGGCCAGUAUUAUUCUCUUACUGAGGCACACUUUGAAAUACUUUCCAGUUUACCAGCUGAUUAUCAAAAACAUAUUCUGCUGUGAAAGGUGAUGACAUCACAAGUAGUACUGAGAAGGAUGUAGCUCCCUCAGGACUGAUUUUUCUGGAAGGGGUCAGUGGGUUUAUACCAAACUUUCUCAUAAGUCAGAGUGAGAAUAUCAGACUUCGGUCUUUUCUGUAUGGUUCUCGUGUACUUGAUUGAAAUGUCAAAACUUCAGGCUAAGAUUUUUUACAGGACAGCUCAUUCUCCAUUAUUGUAAACAUAUAUCAAUUAAUGGUGAGAGAGUUAAUUAUUUUAUUAUUUUAUAAUUUCUUGUUUAAUGCGAUACAUGUACAUGAUUUUGACUGAUGGGUUUUACCUGGCCAGUUUUGGCCAGCACAGUGCCAGUAAGGUAAAGCAGGCUGCUUCCAUUUGACCAUAAACCAAGUUACAGCCAUUGUGUGUGAGCCAAAAGGCCUUUUUCACUUUUCUUACUUCAACUAAGAGGUGUGAAAAUUUUCCUUUGCUCCUGGAUUCUAAUUAAGUGAUCAUAGUCUUAUUCUCAGGUGCUCUAAAGUCAGUUUUAGUGAUAGCAAGUGACCUUGGGCCAUCUGAGAAUCAGGCUAGUGAUUAUUAAGCUGGUAGCAAAAUCCACCAAGAAACAAGUUUUCUAUUGAUGAGUGAAAUAAAUUUAAGUUCUCUAACCCUUGCAGCUAUAAUGAGCUGAGUGUUAACAAAUCAGUGCAACAAUGAAGUUUUGUAUAAUUUAAAGAUGAUUUGAAAACGGCCCAUAACACAGUGUCUUCCCCCAGCUAUUACUCUGCAUGGAAUUCAAGUCCAUCCCCUGAGUUAUGUCAGGCUCCAUGGGAGUAGCCUGCAUUGCAGACACCAACAACAUACCACCGGUUACAGGGAGAUUUCCAUCUGGAACGCAGGCUCCAUGGGAGGUGUAUUGGUCUGAUGGUUAGUAUGGUGGACUCCAGAUUGAGCAGCAAGGGCAUAGCUAGGGGGGUCCUAGGGUGCCUGUGACCCUCCCCCCCUCCCUGCCCCCUCUCUUUUGUAAGUCUUUCUUAAGCAAACAACCCAAAAGAUGGUGUGGAGGCUGACAUGAUAAUCUGGUGAGUACCCUCACUUUGACACAGUGUGAACCCCCUCACUCCCUUUGAAAAAUCCUAGCUAUGUUCCUGGAGCAGUCUGGGUGCAGUCACUGUGUUUGUUCUUGGGCAAGACACUGCUGACCCAUAGAUAGGGAUAACCGCAAAUUUAAUGCUGUUAGGGCGAUUAACCCUGCAAUGGGCUAGCAUCCCAUCCAGGGGAGAGUAGAUAUAUUCGUAGUCACUUCACGCUACAGACACUGGAGAUAACUGCCAGCCUGAUAAGCCACAAGGCUCGCAUGUCACAUUCCAGGUAAUUUAACCUUAUCAAUGCCUGAAUAUGCCAUAUGACAGGUGAUGGAAACAUUAACCAGUUUUACAGAAUCAGGAUCCAGUUUUACUAUAUAAAUUCAGUGGUGUUAGCCUGAAAUGACAGUCAUCUCCUACCCUCAGCCUAAUGCCUGGGUGAGAGAUGUCUGACAUUUCAGGCUACAGUGUAAGUUUAAAAAAGUAAAUUAUUUACAAAAAAUUAUAAAUAUUUCUAUUGCUCUUAGACUGGAAAUAAUCGUUACAAAGUGGUGAGUUAUCUUUCCGUGUCAGUUUAUUGAAUGAUAAUCCUAACAGAUUUUAUGGUCUACGGAUUGUAUGGAUUUCCAUGAACGUUCCCGAUUACUAGCUAGUACACUUGAAACAGUUGAAAAACUUGGGUGCUCAUGGGGGGAGGACUACAGGUCAAAUUAAUUAUUAUUACAGUUAACAGUUUACAAUUUCCGAUUUUAACAUUUAGAGAAUACUGUUUUGACCUAGUUGGGCUUGCUUUGAAAGCUCAAGGUCCUCUUUCUAUUGCGCUUGGUUCCUUACAGGCAAAUGUUUCGGGGUUUUUUUUUGGCAAACAGUAUCCUUUACGUCUCGCGUCACGCUCACACUGAUGUACAUUGUAUUUGUCACACGUAACACAUCGCGUGCUUGCGUGACUCGUCUCCAACCUCAUGGCCCAAACUAGUCCAAGAAAACCCCGUAAUGUUUAUAUCUAUUUCCAGGCACUGAAAAUUAGCCGCUUUUGCUCCCUGUAUAUCAGCCGCACUCAUUUUCGCGCUCGUUUAUCGCGCUCGUGACUUACUAGUAGUGAUUUCACGCAUGUAAAUGAAUCAUUGAGGAAUCGAGUGUUCGCGUGACUUUCCUAAGGCUAGCUAAAGCUCCGUACUAAACAUUUUACGUGAAUGAAAGCAUUGGCUAAUCUGAAAUUACUAUGUAGCUGUGGAACGCUGUAAAUAUAGGAUGGUAUGUUAAAAGAUGUAUCAAUGGACAUUGUUUAGGAGUCAAAAGGAAUGCAUCAAUAUCAAAGUCAUAAUACAUCAUUUGCCAAUUAAAUAAUCCAAAAUGCUAAACAUCCCGAGCUAGUAUAUGUUUAUGCCGCUUGCGAGGUCUGCUUCAGGAUGUAAAGAACAAGAAAAGGGGUUAAUCCGAUGAUUAUUUCAAUCGCAUUUUUUCAGACGCUGCACGGUCCGUUUUCUUGCCUGUCAAACAUUAUGUGCAAAAGCGUACUCAAAAUGUUAUAAAGUCAGCUAGCAGGGUACUAUUGACGUACCGUGAAAUGUGGGGUUAUGUGAUUGGUUAAAAUUCGCGGUGUACUGUGAAUAAUUACAACACCUUUCACGCUGGACCAAACUCCAAGAAGAUCGAAAAUAUGAUUUCUGAAGUCAAACAACAGCUGGCUGAACUAAAACAAGAGAUCACGAAAACGAAGCAAAACCAAACUGGCGGACAGGCUGAAAAAGGUUACAAGAAUUGUGCCGAAGUUUGCGAAUCCGGUGACAAGAUCAGUGGCGUGUACAAAAUCGAUCCUGAUGGUUUGGGUGAAUUUGAAGUCUUCUGUGNGCACCGCGCAAUUAAUAUCGUCCUAGAAAUCCGGUGCCUUUAUAAAAACUGUGCCGAAAUUUACAAGUCCGGUGACAAGAUCAGUGGCGUGUACAAAAUAGAUCCUGAUGGUUUGGGUGAAUUUGAAGUCUUCUGUGACCACAAAACAGCCGGUGGAGGAUGGACAGUGUUUCAAAAGAGACGGGAUGGCUCCGUAGAUUUUUUCCGAGAUUGGGAUGAUUACAAACGAGGCUUCGGCAAUCUGAACGGCGAGUUUUGGCUGGGACUGGACAAGAUUCACCGCCUGACUGUGAGCAGCAGUAACAAGCUUCGUGUUGACUUGGAAGACAUUCAUGGUGCAACAGCAUUUGCAGAAUACAGCUCGUUUUCUGUGGCAAGUGAAAAUGCGAAAUACCAGCUGAGUUUGGGAAGUUAUACAGGUACUGCAGGUGAUUCCCUCAGUUAUCACCGUGGCCAUCCAUUUAGCACCAAACAUCGUGAUAAUGAUGCCAUCUCGGGCAAUUGUGCGUCUUCUAAUAAAGGUGCUUGGUGGUACAACACAUGUCAUCAUUCAAACCUCAAUGGUUUAUACCUUAAUGGUAAGGUGGAUACUCAAGGAAUGUCGUGGGUCUACUGGAAGAAUUCGUACUACUCUGUUAAGAGGUCCGAGAUGAAGAUUCGUCCAAAGGACUUCUAACAUGUAUGCAGUGCCAUGUUGCUCAUGUUACACUGGAACCAAAUCUAAUUAAUAAGUUAUGGUGCUCUUGCAUAGGUUUCAGGUGUCUUGGCGCUGUUUUAAAAACGCUUCGCUUGCACGUGUACUUUGACGCAAAUCAAGAAUCAACUCAAAAAUGACCUGUUUUAGGCUGCCGUUACUGGAACGAAAAAGGCUGAACACUGUCCAGUUAAUUGUAAGCUCUCUGUUUCUGUCUUGACAUUCCGUUAAACAGUUUUCUCAACAGUCUGAUGUCCACUCCAAAUAUCUCGGUCAAUUUUUACAUCCGUGAACUCAAACGUUUAGUUUUCCAGUAUUUUUACAGCGUUCUACUAAUUAACGUAUGUAAUAGUGAAAAAAUGAUUCCGAGGUUAUA